AUGUCUAUCCGAUCAACCAUCGUGGCUGCGGCCGCAUUUUUCGCCACUGCCAGCUCCCACAUCAUCAUGGAGCAGCCUGUCCCAUACAGUGUUGACAAAAUUGACAACAGCCCCAUCACCCAAUCCCAAUUCCCUUGCAAGUCCCAAAAUGGCUUCACCGUCUCUCAGAUGAACAAGAUGGCUGUUGGAGAGCAACAGACUAUCAAGUUCAAGGGCACAGCAGUUCAUGGUGGUGGUUCCUGCCAGCUCAGUGUCACCAUGGACACCGAGCCCACUGCAAACUCCAAGUUCAAGGUCAUCAAGUCCAUCGAGGGUGGAUGCCCCGGUGUUGACGGCCAGACCAGCGAGUACACUUAUGAACUUCCCAAGAGCAUCCCCAACGGCAAGGCCACCUUUGCCUGGACUUGGUUCUCUAAGAUGUCUGGAGCCCCUGAGCUCUACAUGAACUGUGCUCCUAUUGAAGUCACUGGUGGUGCCAGCGACGACUCUGCUUUCAACGAGCUCCCAGAUAUGUUUGUUGCCAACAUCAACGAGGGCUGCACUUCUCCCCAGAACUUUGCUACCAAGUUCCCUAACCCCGGUGACAACGUGCAGAAGGGUAGCACCAACGACUUGAAGGAUCCUACUGGCAGCUGCGGUGCUACUGGUUCUACUCCGGCUGAGCCGUCUUCCCCUGCUGGUGGCGAGCCUUCCCCUGCUCCCACAUCUCCCGCUGGUGGCGCUCCCUCUGCUCCCUCUCCUCCUGCCGCCGGCCAGCCUUCUGUCGCUCCUACUUCUGCAGUUGGAGGCCAGCCCACCGUUGCCCCAACUCCCCCAGCUGGCGGCGCCCCAUCUCCCCCAUCUGGCAGCAAGCCCUCCGCCGCACCCCUUCCUCCCAAUGGCGGCGGUGUCUUCGCUCCUGGUGCCUCCAGCGGCUCUCCCGCCGGUCCUACCGCCCCAAUCCGCCCCUCAACCUCCACCACCCUCGUCACCGUCACCGCCACCCCUACUCCUCCCGUCCGCCCUACCCCUCCCGCGGGCACCGGCUCUCCUGCUACCCCCACCACUCCUUCUACUCCCGGCGGUGGUUCAGGCGCUCCUUCCACUCCUGGUGGCGGUUCAUCCACCUGCUCCGAAAACGGUGCGAUCGUGUGCAACGGCGCUACUCAGUUUGGUAUCUGCAACAACGGCAAGCUUGUCUGGCAGGAGGUUGCCGCUGGCACUACUUGUGCCAACGGUAGCAUCACUAAGAGGGGCUACAAUGGACGUAUUGUCCGCUCGCACUUGAUGAGCCGUCGGACUAUUGAUUGA